CCUAAAUUUAUAUUUGUAUCACCCAUGUAAUGUAUAUCUAGAGCCGUCUACAUUUUUGGGUUUGAAGCAACAAUGAAUUCUUUUACUUGCUCAAAGUCAAACCAAUUUAGAUCAUCAUAUUUAACCCCUUCUUCUCCGAUUCUCCUCACCCCCUCCACUCUCGUACUUCCCCUUUCAUCGUCUUCAUCUCUCAUAGUUCCAGAUAAUGGCCGUACAAUGGCUUCUGGUGUGCCAUGGACUGGUAACGCUGUUGGUCGUCGUAUCUUUUCUGUGCGGGCAGUGGCCAAUUUUUCAAGGCACUUUCAUCCAACGCAUUCACAACUUCCUUACCUUCGGCGCUUUUGAUUACUUCCGGCGAUUCAUUGAGUAUGUGUUUGGGGCUAGAGGUACCAAUGCACUUUAUCUUGCUCAGUACUACUGCUGUGAUCGCCCUAACCCCAUCUUACAGGCGAUGUACUUAGCAAUAGUUGGGGGUACUUAUUGUUUGAUCGUGUACACAACUUUUAAUUAUAUUCCUGGUCAUUAUAUUGCAGGAUAUCACAGAUACACAAGCAUGUUGGCUGUUGGUGUAGGCAUUUUACUUUUUCUACUGGCUAGUUUCUCAGAUCCAGGAACUAUUAAUUCUGAAAAUGUAUCUCAAUAUCUCUCUUUAUAUCCAUAUGACAACAUAAUUUAUUCAGAGAAAGAAUGUUCCACUUGCAAAAUCCUAAAGCCUGCUAGGUCAAAGCAUUGCAGCAUAUGUGACCGAUGUGUUGCUCGGUUUGACCAUCACUGUGGAUGGAUGAAUAAUUGCAUAGGGGAGAAAAACACACUGUACUUUGUGAUGUUUCUGUUCUGGCAUUUCUUUCUUUGUGUAUAUGGAACAGUUGCAAUUGGCUUAGUUCUUGCUGGAAGAUUGAAGGAACUAGAAGUUGUAUAUAUUUUAACAGCAUAUUAUGGCAUUGAAAAUUCAUACAGGAGUCUAACACCACAUGUUGUUCAGUGGUUGGUGAACUCUUACAACACUCAAAUACUUGUAAUGGUAUUUUUGGCAAUAGUUUCUCUUCUUCUAUCUGGGUUCUUUGGGUAUCAUGCAAGCCUCUGUAUAAGCAAUACUACCACAAACGAGACAUUCAAAUGGCAAGAUUAUUUAAGUUGGCAAAGGAAAGUGGAAGAAGCAAAGGCAAGUGCAGAAGCCCUAAAAGCUAGUUUAGAUGAGCUUUCUAGCCAAGAGAUAAAGCCUCCACAAAGCAAAUGGAAAUCAUUCUUUAGAAAAUCACAUCUUGAGGACAUAAACAUCGUUAAAAACAACAUUUAUGAUCGAGGCUUUUUGAAAAAUCUUUAUGAGAUUAUUUAUCCGCUUUCUUCACGACACACCUUUUCAUUGAGUAAACUAAAAAACGAAUAAAGAUAAGCUC